ACAUUGCAGGGAGUUAUUGUUUAAUAAUCAAUGCGAUUCGGAGUGUUCUUUUGAUCUAUUCCCUUCCAUUUCCGAUGGAUGGCCUUUGCAGUCGUUCUCCAAACCCUUGAGUGUGAUGGUGCAGGAUGUGCAACCCUCUCGCCAGUGUCCGGCAGUGAGAUUCCUCCUCCCUGACCCCGGCUCGCCUCUCCGUCUCGGUAUCUCCAUGUGUGCUCGGCUGAUGAUGUGGAUGUGAUAAGAAGGGCUCUCUCUGUGUGGCUCAUGGACAAUCGCCAUCGCUCUUCCUGGGGACGGCUCAGACUCAGACUCGCCAGAUCCCGUGUCAGCUGCCACCGCCAGCAGCUCACACAGAGCUGUGAUCCCCCCACACCACCACCAACCGAGAGCCGAGCCUUUUCUCAGCAAAACACAGCCCCAACACCUGGCUGACCACGUAGCUCAGACCCCCCCACCGAAGCUGAAGCCGACCCCGGGACCGAGGACACGACAUCCAGGUGGACUUUAUCCUCUGAAGAAUGACAGAAGUUAUGAGCAGCUGCGAACCUGCGAUGGAGGAUUUUACUUUGAACCAAGCCACAGAAGGAGGACUCUCCUUUCAGAUAUUUCCUGAUCCACUUGAGAAAUCUGAAAGGUGUCCCAAGAUGACAAAGAGAUUGCCAUCAAUUGUGGUUGAACCAACAGAGAGUGGAGAAGUUGAGAGUGGAGAGCUGCGAUGGCCACCUGAUGAAAUGAACCUAUUGGAAGAUGAUGAGAACGAAAUUGAAUCAACUUCUAACCUACCAGAUCAAAUGGAUAAUAAAGAUACAUCAUCAACAAUAGAAACCAACAGAAAGAAAUGCGAGAAAAGACAAUCAGAAUCCUCUAAAAGCAGCAGCUAAGAGCACAUACGAUCUGACUGGAACCCCACUGUGAAUGUUUUGUCACAGAUUGGAACCUGGUGGAGAGCUUCAGAAUGACCUGAGGCAAUGAACUGGUUUUCUUAAGGCUUCAUCUGAAUGUUUUGCAGUUACUUGAAUUUCAGUCAUCUAUAGAAAAUAUGGUGGUUGAUGUUGCAUAAUUGAUGGUACUGUUUAUCUGUCUGUGACUUGGACAUUAAACUUUAUGCUCUUAUUUCACCAA